CCAUCCCUCUCCAUAAACAAACCAAAGAUCACUGAUGAUGACGCGAAGAAACUCAAUGAUUAUUUUGUGGCGGUAAUCGGUCCCCAUUCUGGUGAUGAAUCUUCGAGUUAUACUCGACAAGAAUAUGAAGUCAACAUGGAAGAACAACGAGUACUACAUUGCUUCAAAAAAAAAGCCCGUACAUUUGCUCUUUUGGACUUUUGCUUGAAUGGAAGUUUGGAUGAUUUAUCAGACCGAAUGGAUAACAUCGAGGCCAAUCUGGGCGAUAAUGACGAUGAACGCCAAGACAUUCGACUCCUCCGUUAUAUACUAUCUGAUUAUCACGCGAAUUGCAGCAAGCCGUCUUACAUCGUUAUUCCCAAUGAACGUACUCCUUUUGCUGAAUAUAUCAUUCCAAUCUUCAAGUAUUUCAGUGCCUCAACAAAAUUGUUAUCUUUUAUUUGGUGUGAAAAAGGCUCCCCGUCAUACAAACAGUUAAUGCUUUGCCUUUCUGAAAGCCAAAGAAAGCUUUUAGAUGGAAUUGGGUUUAGUCCCAAAGACAGAGUUGAACGUGUGUUGGUUGAGUGCUCCGGGUAUGUAUGA